AGUGGGUUCUCUUUAGGAACACACUUCAAAAAGAAAUAUUUAUUAAAAUGGCUCUCAAUUAUUUGAAAAAAAUAGAAGAUCUGGAAUUCCUGGAGUUUUCAUGCCUCUGUGAGCUGUGUGAUUGUGGUCAACACAAAUGCCAUCAGAAUUGCAAGAAGAACCAAUCAAAUCAGCAACGCUCAGUGAAUACUGACUGGCUUCUAACAAACUACCAGUCAUCCUUCACAAGACCUCUGAAUGUCCUGCCCCGCAGCAGCAAGAGACCACUGCGCACACCGCCACACCCCAACCCACCAGCUAUGCAGUGUGAAACCACACAGCGUUUGGAAUUUGGGCCAAAAGUCCUGAAGGAAUGGAAACAAGCUGGGAACAGGGAACAACUUCACUCUAAAUCUGUCCACACCAAGGCAUUAACUCUGAAAGAGCGUCCAGUGACGGUACAGAAAUGUCCUAGCACAAGCUCACAGUCUGGUCGAUUGAGUUCCAGAAGCAACACCAACAGCAAGAGUCGGAAGUCAGAGCCUCAAGUGAGAUCUGGGGAACGUCUGACCACAGCAGGUGUUCAUGAUUUGAAUACCACUUACCAAGUCAUGUUUCAGCCUUUACCCUUCGAGAAACAGCACACAGGAUCAAAGAAGCGACCAAAAGCCAAACCCACUCCCAUGGACCUGCUCAGCAGUUACCGCAAAGAUUUUCCUGAACACCACCAACCAAAGAUGAACUUGAUAAUACCAGCACAGGACAACCUGCAAGUUAACCGCCAUCUACCGACGGAUUUCAACACAAUUCAGAGAAAUUCAUACAUUGGCUGGGAUACUACUCGUUAUCCCCGCCCUGACCCUAUUAAAUAUAAAGAUGAGUUGUCUGUAGGGGAUGGACUCAUUGAAAGUGAGACAGUGACACAGGGGAGGAUUGAAAGUACAUCAGUCACUGGACGAGAUUUCACUCCAAAAAAUGUCUGCGAGCCAAUGUAUUCAGCUAAACAACAAAAGAACACUCCUGGCCACCGUGAAGCCUGCAGUUCAAUGCCCUUCCCCAUGUGCAAGCUGCAAGCCUAUCUGAUUCACCAGCAUUUCAAAAAAAUGAAAAUUUCCAACAGAGCCGUGCCUAUUACAUGCACACAAUAAGAGUACAGCCAGAGCUGGUGAACCAUAGCCACAGUACAUUAAUACUUCAUCCCAUCAAAGUCUUUAUAACUCAAGCAUGAACCAAUCUGCCUUAGGUCAUCAUCACUGGAUUAUCGUCUUAAUGCAACGUGGAGGCAAUCUUACCAUUCAGUCUAUACAUCAAAUGAAAAAAGUUUGUUCCACCAUCUUGAGGCAACCCAGGAUUGGCAAUAAAUGCAGGCCUUGCCAGUGACAUAGUGACAGUUACAUCCAAACGAGGAUGGUGGAUACCACAUAUUAAAGAUUUUUGUAAGAAUGUUUCUAGGACAGAUCAGCAAUUACAUGUCUUGUUUUAAUACUAGCUAAUCAACAUAUGUUUUUGGAAUCUAUGUGGAUGAGUUCCAAGUUGUUAUAUUAAUUAUAGAAUAUAACCAAGAUUUUGUUCAAAAAAUAAAAAAAUAUUGUUCUUUUAA